AUGGUAUAUGCCAAUUUACAUGUUCCUAAUACUGAAAUGCUGACAGAAGAAGAGUGGCGUAUAGCGCAGGAGAUAUGUUAUUUGCUACGUCCUUUUGAAGAAGCCACACGAGAAAUGAGCGGUGAGCAGUACUUCACCGCAAGUAAAAUAAUUCCUGUGUCCCAAGGUUCAAAGCGGGUAACCCAAACCGCGAUUACCGAGGGGAAAGUUAUGUCCAUCCAAUAUGUUGCACAAAUACUAUUAGAUCAACUGAAAACACGUUAUAACAAAUUAGAAUUCAGUGGUUCUAUCGCAUCUUGUUCAUUUUUAGAUCCAAGGUUCAAACAACAUGUUUUUACGGAUUCCAAUGCUUUACAGAUUGUUCAAAAAGACAUUACAGCUGGGGUGACGGAAAAUAUAUUGAAAAAAUUGACUCAAGCAGUGUCCCAGACAACUGUGUUGCAAUCGAAUAUUGCCGAUAUAGCUAGUCAUUCGUACUGGACGGUAUUUGAUAACAAAGUGUCGAACAUUUUACCACCCUCAAAUGCUAAAGCGUCUGCAAUAUUGGAAAUUCAACGAUAUAUAAGUGACACGGUACCUGAUCGAAGAGUUGAUCCGUUAUUAUGGUGGAAAAAUAACGAACAUAUUUAUCCAAAUCUAGCGGAAUUAGUACAAAUAAGAUGUUGCAUGAUAACCACCAGUGUACCAUGUGAAAGCUUAUUUUCCAAAGCAGGAAUGAUUAUUACCGAACGCCGCUCCAGAUUGUCACAUCAAACAGUGAACAAACUUUUGUUUUUAAAAUAUAAUAAAAAUUAGUAUAGGUUCUAUUAUUUAUAUAAAAAAAAUACUUUGUUUAGA